CACUGAGUUCGUAAACCGUAGUUUCCAAGGUCAGCUUAUAUGAACGAGUGUGUGAGCAUGUGGACGAAAGUUCGAACUGAGACUACACACAACGGCACCACACGCGUAGUGAAGCUUGUAGUUUCCAAUACUUCGCUUUAUGCAGCAUAGCGUAGUCGUACGGCGUUUCAACGCCGUGGCAGCCUAAGCGUUGCAAUGGGUGAUUUGCCGACACCGGAUCCUGUGCAUUUCGAUGACUCGCAGCCGCUAUUAACGAAAAAGGAGAGCCAAGCUCGAGGAAGACAGCGGCUACGACCGCCGCCAGUGUCAUCUGUGAACAGAACAAGCUAUUUUUUGGACCUACCUCGGCACGCUCAGUCGGUCAGCUUUAGUGGCUCGGAAUCCUCUUUCAGAAGUCGGCACUAUAACAAGAACUCUCCCACCUCCUACUUGUACCAGUGUUUCCAAGUGGACCAGAAAUUGGGGGAAGGCUCUUUUGGAGUGGUUUACAAAGUGCGAUCCUUGGACGAUGGCCGAUGGUAUGCUGUAAAGGUGGCCAGUCGCCAGUUUCGGGGCCAUCGUGAUCGUCGGCUCAAGUUGCAGGAGGUUGCCAAGCACGAGCUGCUGCCACCUCACCCUCACUGUGUGCGCUUCAUCAAGGCGUGGGAGGAAGACCAUCGGCUGUACAUUCUGACAGAGCUGUGUGAAUGCAGCCUGGCUGCCUAUGCUGAGAAGCAUCACGAUCUGUCGGAGCAGUUUGUUUUGGAGUUGCUUGUCGACUUGCUGCUGGGUGUGAAGCACCUGCAUGACCGCCACCUGGUCCAUCUGGACAUCAAGCCUGAAAACAUCUUCAUCUCCAGAGAAGGCUACUACAAGCUCGGCGACUUUGGCCUAGUCCUUGACCUCAAGCAGGACGACUCCUCCGACCCGCUUGAGGGUGACCCAUGCUACCUAGCUCCGGAGCUGAUGGGGGGCGAUUUCACCAAGGCAGCAGACAUCUUCAGUCUUGGCAUUACAGCACUUGAGCUGGCGUGCGACCUAGAGCUACCCAGUCGAGGUGGCAACUGGCAUGCUCUGAGAUCGGGAACUCUGCCCCACUACAUUGCUCAGUGUCUCUCUCCCCAACUGCGCAAUGUAAUCCCACAAAUGAUGCACGCUGACCCAAAACGGCGGAAUCACUGCAGACCAGCUGCUAGCCCUUCCCUGAAAUCCGCAGGGUGCACUUUUGGCGACGGCUCUAUGUGACGCGAAGGAGAGCUAUCGCCUGUGUCCAGGACCUGCUGCUGCUGACCUUAUUCUGGAUGCAGUCAUUCCUUCAAUCUGCCUGGAAGGUUCCAGUAUCUUGCCUCAAAAGUUUCAUCACAUCCUCCCAUUCCAGUGCCUCCUCUUCGACGUCGGUCCUCAAAGGCUGCCACUUUUCAGAUGAUGAAACACGUGCAGACUCUUCUUUUAAUUACGCACUUGAAUGUGCACUUGAAGACCAAGACAUCUCGGGGUUACACUUCAGUGGAUUCGAAAGCAACUUGGGCCAAGGAGAGUACUCGCCUAAAAGGUCGACACCCAGGCCUCUUCGGCAUAGGAGUGACCCCCGAUUGCGCAGCACACCAACAGCCUUAUUCAUGUCUCGGCGUGCAAGGCUCCACUCUGCCAUCAAGCCAGUGCCUUUCAAUCUCAGUGCGAAUGAUGCAACGGUCAAGAAACUUUUCCCACAUGACUCUCCCUUCUUGACAGCUACUGUUGACGAUUGCUCUGGCUGUCGCGUUUGGCAGAUGAUGAAGUGAUGUCUUCAAGUGGCGACGACUCCUUGUAAAUGAUGUCCGGUGUCCUCCCGUCCUCUUGUUUCAGCUAGUCAACUCAGUAUUGCGGUUCAGUGUUGUACAUAAUGGAAUCGCAGCUGUUGUAUUAGCAGCAUUUAGAAAAUGUUUAUACAAGCUUUUCUUGUAAUUUUACUUGUUUUAUAGCUUAUUGUUGUGUUCACUUUGCCAGAAGAACACAUUUUAUAUUGCGCAUUCACGUGGCAGUAUAUUAAAACUGGCCGUUGCCAAGAUAUUAAUGUUGGAAGAGUUUUGCAUAUAUUUUUUUUCCAUGUGCCCAUUGCACUCUUUUUUGUAUUCAAGUAUUAUUGUGUUGUAGUAGUAAUUCGUGCUGUAUAUAAGCUCUGCAUGCUUUUUAUAUUUGAUGUUUAUGACUUAUCUUAAUGUUUACGACAUAUAUUUUACAUUUAUGACACUUUGCGUUUACAACAUGUUCAUUUGACAGCGGGUAAAAUUAAGUAAUUUUUAAUGUUCUUAGUUUUUUUUAUUCUUUAGGGACACAUUGUCCUUGUAAGUUUAGUUUUUAUUUAAUUUUUUUACUAUAACCGGCACAAUAAAUUUAGCAGCAUGCUAUUGUUGUAGUCAAAUGGCCGUUUGUAGUUUGUCAAAAUCUGUAGGUUAUAUUAUUAUUAUUAUUAUUAUUAUUAUUAUAUGUUUAAUGACGUGUCUUUAAUGGCAAACAGGCAUUUGACAUUGUUUCAGGAAAGUCUGAAAGUUUGUUUCUUUGAACAAUGCACUGUAAAUUUCAGUCAGUGCCUAACUGUGUCAGACGCAUUUAGUACAUUAUGUACAUAUUGCAUUGAUGCAGGAAGCAUAGUCUGAAUAAACCCAUUUUAAAUAUGGCA